CCCAAGCAGCUCCACUUAUCUCGAAUUCCGCAAGAUUCUGGGACUCAGAGUUGGGGACAAAGCCGGUCCUAACCGGUUUGCUGCAGAGCCCAAGGCAAUGGAGGCAGGAGAGGGAAAGGAAUGCUCUCGGAAACAAAGGCAAGUCCCAAUACUCUUUCUUUGUCUGGUUAUAGCUCAGGCUGGUGCUGAGCCUAGGCAGUAUCCAGUGGAUGAGGAGAUGGAGAGUGGCUCCUUUGUGACCAAUUUGUUAAAAGAUCUGGGGUUGGAGGCAGCUGAUUUAGCUGCUCGUAGCCCCAGGGUCGUUUCCAAAGGGAAAAAAAUGCAUUUGCAGUUUGAUGCACAGACUGGGGAUUUGUAUUUAAAUGGAAAACUGGACCGGGAAGAAUUGUGUGGCCCAACUGAGCCUUGUGUGCUACCUUUCCAGGUGUUGUUGGAAAACCCUUUGCAAUUUUUUCAGGCAGAGAUACAGAUUAGGGAUAUAAAUGAUCAUUCCCCGGUUUUUCUAGACAAAGAAACAGUCUUAGAAAUAUCAGAAAGUAUUGCUCCUGGAACUACUUUCUUAUUAGAACAUGCCCAGGACUUUGAUGUAGGAAGCAACGGUCUCAAAAGUUAUACAGUCAGCCCCAAUUCCUACUUUCAUCUUAAACUACAAGAAAGUCCUGAUGGCAUAAUAUUACCACAACUGGUGCUGGACAAAGCAUUAGACCGAGAGCAUCAGCCUGAGAUCAGAUUAAUCCUCACUGCGAUUGAUGGCGGUUCACCCCCCAAGUCUGGUACUGCUCUGGUCCGAGUUGAAGUUUUGGACAUCAACGAUAAUGCCCCCGAGUUUGCAAAACUGCUUUAUGAGGUGCAGAUCCCAGAAAACAGCCCCGUUGGAUCUCAGGUUGCCAUUGUCUCUGCUAAGGAUUUGGACGUUGGAGUGUAUGGAGAAAUAUCUUAUGCAUUUUUCCAGGCCUCUGAAGAUAUUCGCAAAACUUUUAGAAUAAAUACAAAAUCAGGAGAGCUCGUUUUGACACAGACACUGGAUUUUGAAUCCAUCCAGAGUUACACAGUAAAUAUUCAGGCGAAAGAUGGUGGUGGGCUUUCUGGAAGCUGUGUAGUGUUUGUCCAAGUGAUGGACCUAAAUGACAACCCACCAGAACUGACAAUAUCAACACUUAAUACUGAGAUUCCAGAAAACUUGCAGGAGACCGUAAUUGCUGUGUUCAGUGUUUCAGAUCCUGACUCUGGAGAUAAUGGAAGGACCGUAUGCUCCAUCCAAGACGAUCUUCCUUUCUUUCUUAAACCAUCCAUCGAAAAUUUUUACACGCUAAUGACAAACACAGCACUGGACCGAGAGAGCCAGGCGGAGUACAACAUCACCAUUACAGUGACAGACAUGGGCACCCCCAGGCUGCAAACACAGCACACCAUCACAGUGCUGGUGUCAGACGUGAACGACAACGCCCCUGCCUUCAGCCAGCCCUCCUACACCCUGCUGGUGGGCGAGAACAACAGCCCCGCCCUGCACAUUGGCAGCGUGAGCGCCACCGACCCCGACGAGGGCAGCAACGCCCAGGUCACCUACUCGCUGCUGCCGCCCCAAGACCCGCAGCUGCCGCUCGCCUCGCUGGUGUCCAUCAACGCCGACAACGGGCAGCUGUUCGCGCUGCGCUCGCUGGACUUCGAGGCCGUGCGCGCCUUCGAGUUCGGCGUGGGCGCGUGGGACCGCGGCUCGCCCGCGCUCGGCAGCCAGGCGCGCGUGCGCGUGCUGGUGCUGGACCGCAACGACAACGCGCCCUUCGUGCUGUACCCGCUGCAGAACGCGUCAGCGCCCUGCAGCGAGCUGGUGCCCAGGGCGGCAGAGGCGGGCUACCUGGUGACCAAGGUGGUGGCGGUGGACGGCGACUCGGGCCAGAACGCCUGGCUGUCGUUCCAGCUGCUCAAGGCCACGGAGCCCGGGCUCUUCAGCGUGUGGGCGCACAAUGGCGAGGUGCGCACUGCGCGGCCGCUCAGCGAGCGCGACGCGCCCAAGCACAGGCUGCUGGUGCUGGUCAAGGACAAUGGCGAGCCGCCGCUGUCUGCCAGCGUCACGCUGCACGUGCUGCUGGUGGAUGGCUUCUCGCAGCCCUUCCUGCCGCUGCCCGACGCGCCUGCCGACGCGCCUGCGGACGACCGCCUCACCGUCUACCUGGUGGUGGCCUUGGCCUGCGUGUCGUCGCUCUUCCUCUUCUCCGUACUGGCCUUCGUGGCUGUGCGCCUGUGCAGGCGGCCUGGCCCUUCCGCGGGGGGCCCCUACCCGCUGCCCGACGCGCACUUCCCGGGACACCUGCUGGACGUCAGUGGCGCUGGGACCCUGUCGCACAGCUACCAGUAUGAGGUGUGUCUGGCGGGGGGCGCUGGCACCAAUGAGUUCAAGUUUCUCAAGCCCAUUCUGCCCACCUUCCUUGCUCAGGAUGAGGAGAGGGUUAAUGAGGCAAACCCCGCUUUCAGGCAUAGCUUUGAAUUCAGUUAG